GACAUACGUUGGAAUUUCUCCAUACACAAACACAAAUACAAAUGAUGACAACAAUACUUUUGUGUAGCCAAAAAAAAUAUGUUUGCAUAAAAAACUAACCAACCAGCCUUUUGGAAGGGAAUAAUCUAAAUGAAAAUAUUUGUUUUCGUGUUAUUAAAAAAUUUAGAAAAAAAAAAACCUAUUUCCCACAAAAAACCUGUUUUAAAUACAUCAAUUUUUGUUUUGUUUAGUUAAUUUUGUCCUUUUUUUUACUUGAUAUUUUUUAAUAUUAAAAAAAAAAAAGAAAAUAAACAAGAGUCGGAAGAAAAAAAAUUGUUCUGUCGCCUUCAACUGCAAAUCCCCGCGUGUCGUCACCAAAAGUUUGUACAAAAAAAAAGAAGAAAAUAAAAUAUAAUUUUCUCAGAUAAAAUCCAUUUGCGAUUUGCUUCAAAAAGCUUUGCAAAAACUUAACACCUGCACAAUUUAGAACUCAAAGGCAAAAAAUGACAAACCGAAAGCCAACGGCUAUGUCACGCAUGAAACAAGACUAUCUACGUCUAAAAAAGGAUCCUGUACCGUAUAUCACAGCUGAGCCCUUGCCAUCAAAUUUGCUAGAAUGGCAUUAUGUUGUUAAGGGUCCAGAAGAUUCGCCAUAUCAAGGUGGAUACUAUCAUGGCACGCUUUUGUUUCCACGUGAAUUUCCUUUCAAACCGCCUUCGAUUUAUAUGUUAACACCUAAUGGUCGAUUUAAAACAAAUACACGGCUUUGUUUAAGUAUAUCAGAUUUCCAUCCGGACACUUGGAACCCAACUUGGUCGGUUGGGACGAUUUUAACUGGCUUGCUUAGUUUUAUGCUGGAAAGUACACCUACUUUGGGUUCAACGGAAAGUUCGCUAUAUGAAAAACAACAAUACGCAAAGAAAUCUUUAGCAUUCAAUUUAAAAAAUUCAAAUUUUCGUGAACUAUUUCCUCAAAUAUGCGAUGAAAUAAAUUGCCGUUUAAAAACACAACAACAACUCCUACAAGCUACAACUACUGGCAACAAAUUGACAACGUGCAGCAAUUCAACUGGUGAAACAGUAACUGGCAGCAAUAAAGCGGCCAAAAACUAUAACAACAAUAAUGUCAAUAACGCAGCAGGUGGUACUAACGGCAGUUUAGGCGGCAUUGCCAUCAGCGAUGAGAAUGAUUUCAACGAAAAUUCCAAAAAUGAUAAUACCAACGUUAAUAAUCAUACAAAUAAUAAAAAUUCCAAUUCCGAUAGCUAUUGUAAUUGGCAUUCGAUAUAUUCUAAUUUAAUAGCAAUUAUAAGUUUUGCAAUAUUCGCAUUGAUUGUAAAUUAUGUGAUUAAGAAUUUGAAUUAAUUAGUUUUUGUUUUGAUUUAGAUGAAAUCGAAAAAUUAAAGUGAAUUGGAGGUGUGGAUACAAGAAAUUGUAAAAUAAAUAUUAUUAUUUUUAUUUAAAUGGAUCUUCAAAAAUUAUUAAAAUAAAAAAGAACAUAAUAAAGUUUUGUUCGAUUUAUCGUUA